AUGUUUACGAUUGAUGCAUUAAUCAAGUCAGCUAAAGCCUCUGAGUCUCAGAGCUUGACGCUAUCCAAGAAACGCUCAACUUCUCAGCAUCUUACGCUUGUAGCAGCUAAAGGUGAAAUUAAUGACAUACCAUAUGAACGAGUCAGCGAGGCCUUCGGCUUUGACAAUCAUCCUCACGUCCUGAAUGCAUUAGUGGAAGGUGAUAUUUUGCUACGUUGUCGCGUUUUAGAGGCAUUGACAACUGUAUUAGCAUUGCCGCAAGAGCUUGUGAUCUAUAUGAAAUAUGGUAUUUUAGAGCUUGUCGUAAGUUUGAUCGUCAUCGGCCUUGAUGAAGGCAAGACCAAUCGAUCUACACAAUUGUCCGAAAGCGAGAUCAAAGUGCAAGAACUUUCUGCAAGAGUUUUGAGUGUCAUGGCCAUGUCUGUAUGCGCACACUCGGAGAUACUGAAGGAUGAAAUUAUCACUCGCAUUAAGCCUGUCUUCGCCGCUGCGUCCAGUAAACGUACAUGUGAACACCUUUACCAUGCGCUCUUGAGCUCAACUGGUUCCUUCACUAGAGCUCGUCGUUUGACAAGUGCGGGAUAUCUCUCAGUUGUCCUUGAUCAUCUUAAAAGCCACCGUUUGAACGACGCACUACGAAUUUGUGCGCUUAAAUUGUUGAAGAAUUUAGUAAACGAUGGCACGAACGAUACCACGAAUCACGCACUGGAGUUAGGGGUUAUAGCUCAAUGCUAUAAGCAACUGCACUCUCCAAACCAUGAAGUGAGAACCGCAUCUUGUGACGCUUUGGCAGCGCUAGGCUUUAUGGACAAGGUGCGCAAGGCGGUUGUCAAACACAGUGAAGUAGUGCCGCGACUGUGCAUGUUACUGAAUGACAAACAGCAAAUGGUAGAGGCUUCUAGUGCUGGAGCACUCAUGACUUUAGCAGCACACGAUGAGAUUAAGCGACAGAUCGUAGCGAAUAAGGGACUAGCAAAUAUCAAUCAACUGCUGCAGACUAAGAUGGUGCCACUCCAGCUGCACACAACCAAGUUAGUUGCUGUGGUGGCGGCGCAUCCUGAAGCGAGACGACUGCUUAAUGUGCCUGCUACCACGCAACGUCUCCACACACUUAUCCAAGGUGAGGACUCGAUGCUGGCUAAGAGCGCACAGGUGGCGCUGGCAGCUGUACAGCGGCAGGUAUAG